UUUAAAGUCUAGAAGAGAGAGAAAGAGAGACGAUGCAGGGAAUUUUGAAAAGCAGAAAGGAAAAAAGAAGCAUUAGAGAAAAUGGGAGACGUUGUAUUGUUCGUGGAUGAUUUGCAGUCGAGUUGUGCAGUUUCUCACUGUAGAAUAUGUCACGAAGCAGAAUUUGAAAGUUGCAAGAGCUUAGAAGCUCCUUGUGCUUGUUCAGGAACUGUUAAGUUUUCUUUCUUUUCCAAACUGGGUUUCUUCAUUCAGUUUGCUCACAGAGACUGCAUACAGAGAUGGUGUAACGAGAAGGGGAAUACAACUUGUGAAAUAUGUCUACAGAAAUAUGAAUCAGGAUACACCGCAACUUCAAAGAAGUGUCAGCAAAUGGAAAUGGAUGCUAUGACAAUUAGAGAAAGCUUGGAAAUACCAAGAAGAGGAUAUGAGCCUGAAAUCCAAGGGAUGGUAACAGUUGAUGAAGCGGCCUACUCUGACAUUGAGUGGACGUCUGCCGCGGAUAGAAGCGCCUCUUACUGCCGGUCACUGGCCAUAAUAUUUACGGCACUGUUGCUUUUAAAGCAUUUCUGCGCUACACUCACAGGAGGAACACAAGAUUACCCCUUUACGCUUGUAACGAUACUUGUCUUAAGGACUAGCGGAAUUCUUCUUCCCAUGUACAUAGUCUUUCGAACAAUUGCCGCCUUUCAGAAAUGCAUUCGGACACGAUAUCAGGGAUUAGAUGAAAAUGACACAUCAACAAAUAUCCAAGGAGAUGAAAAUGAAGAGCAACAUCUAGUAUAAAUGCAAACUCUCCUAAUCCUGAGCUUACUUUACGUUAUUUCCAAUUGUAUGAGAGCAUUCUAUUCUAUUAGUGCUCUCAUCCUGUAAAUUUUAUUCUUCCCUUUUUAAUGGGCACAAAUGAAAAGAAAAAGAAACAUCCAAUCACCAAAUAACUAAAA